AUGAAUCCUGUGUUAGCCCCUAAUCAGAACACAGAUGAAGCAGCUAUGACAUUGUCUCUCAAUACAGAGACUGAGCACACAUCUACGACUACAUCCAUGAUUUUGCCAGUCUGGGUUUCCUCUUCCAACAACCCAGGAAUAGAAAGGCUUGUCUAUGCUCUGCUCGACACCCAGAGUGACACUGUGUUUAUUGAUGAAGAUGUUAGUCGUAGCUUGACAACCAAGACCUAUCCUGUAAGGCUAAAGCUAACCACCAUGAUCGGAAAGGACACAGUAACACACAGUGAAAGAGUCUCAGGUCUCAGAGUGCGUGGCUAUACCUCCACAAAUCUCAUUGAUCUCCCUCCUGCCUAUACCAAGGACUGCAUACCAGUGAAUCGAAGGCACAUUCCUACCAGUGAAACGGCAAGGCAUUGGAAUCAUCUCAAAGCAAUAGCAGAUGACAUUCCGCCACAUUUAGACUGUGAAGUUGGUCUUCUAAUAGGCUAUAACUGCUCACAGGCACUAGCACCAAGACAGGUCAUCCUAGGAAGAGAUAAUGAACCUUAUGCAGUCCGCACAGACCUAGGAUGGAGCAUCAUAGGCUGCUCACCACCUCACCUUGAAUCUCCUCCUGUCGCCAACAUAUGCCAUAGAGUAACUGUCAAAGAGCUUCCUCCAGUGACUCCAUCCGAUGCCAUUAAAGUACUUGAGUCUGACUUUAAGGACAUCAGCAAGGACAGCAGAACAGUGUCUCAAGAUGACAUCCUCUUCCUGAAUAUGCUAAAGGAAAGCAUUUACAUGAACGCCCAUGGUCACUAUGAGAUGCCUCUCCCUUUUAAAGAGAGGCCCUACCUUCCCAACAACAAGCAGUUAGCUAUCAUCCGGCUCAACCAUCUCAAACGAAAGCUGCUGAACAACAAGAACUACAAGACUCAGUACAUAACGUUUUUGAAUGAGGUAAUUAAAAACAAUGAUGCUGAAGAAGUUCUCUGUGAAGAGAAGGAAGGUGAAACAUGGUAUAUUCCACACCACGGAGUUUAUCAUUCCAAAAAACCAGAGAAGCUCAGAGUGGUUUUUGAUUGCUCGGCUAAGUACAAGGGAACUUGCCUAAAUGAUCAUCUCCUGUCGGGCCCAGAUUUGACAAAUACUCUAGCUGGUGUUCUUAUCAGAUUUCGAAAGAACCAUGUUGCUCUGAUGUGCGACAUUGAAAGGAUGUUUCAUCAGUUUCAUGUGCGCGAAGCGGAUAGAGACUACCUACGUUUCCUGUGGUGGAAGGAUGGAAACUUCAGUGUGGAGCCGCAGGAAUUCCGUAUGAAAGUUCACCUUUUCGGUGCUGCAUCUUCACCGGGAUGUGCCAACUAUGGGUUGAAACAUCUCGCUAAGGAGAACGAGAGCCUGUUUCCUCUGGGCUCCCAAUUCAUUAUGAGGGACUUCUAUGUGGAUGAUGGUGUCACAAGCAUAGCAGAUGUAGAUGAGGCUAUUCAGCUUGCAAAAGAAGCCCAAAGGCUCUGUGCUAUGGGUGGUCUGCGACUACACAAAUUUGUGUGCAACAAUGCAAAGGUGCUUGAGAGUAUAGCACCAUCUGAGCGUGCCACUGAAGUAAAGGCUCUUGAUCUUGCCUUUAGUGAUUCAUCGCUGGAAAGAGCCUUAGGAAUCCACUGGCACAUUGAGUCAGACAGUUUCAGGUUCCAUACCCGUUUGAAGGACCAACCAGAAACCAGGCGUGGUAUACUAUCCACUGUUGCCUCUCUUUAUGACCCACUUGGGCUUAUUGCUCCUUUCCUGCUAACUGGGAAAAGGGUUCUUCAAGAAAUGUGUAGGCAUGGUACAGGUUGGGAUGACCCACUCAUCAGUAAACUGCAACCAGUCUGGAGAUCCUGGAAGAGUGAUCUGGCAAAUUUGGAUAAAAUCACCAUACCCCGAUGCUAUGUACCAGCUGACUUUGGAAAGGUCACAAAGAGAGAGCUACAUCACUUCUCUGAUGCAAGCACGUAUGGUUAUGGCCAGUGCUCUUAUUUGAGACAUGUGAAUGAAAAUGGAACUGUUCAUUGUGCUCUGAUUAUGGCAAAGUCCAGAGUUGCUCCAAUCAAAGCUGUGACCAUCCCCAGGUUAGAACUGACUGCUGCUGUUGUAUCAGUUGCAGCAAGCAAUACUCUAAAGGAAGAACUGGGAAUUUCAGGGAUUGAUGAAUACUUCUGGACAGACUCCAAGGUUGUACUGGGGUACAUUAACAAUGAGGCACGUCGCUUCCACACAUUUGUAUCAAAUAGGAUUCAGAAAAUACAUCUCAGUACAACUCCUCAGCAGUGGCGAUAUGUUUCUACUGACAAGAAUCCUGCAGACCUUGCAUCGAGAGGUUCUAGUGCAAGCAAGCUUCUGACAUCGAACUGGUUUACUGGACCCAAGUUCUUAUGGGAGAAAGAGGUAUCACCAGAGGUAGAGGUAAUCCCAGAAAUCCCAGUUGGGGACCCUGAAGUUAAAAGAGUUCAAGCACUAAAUUUGGAGUCUGCAGAACAAGUGACUCUUUCAGACCGCUUGUCAAAGUUUUCUUCAUGGUGUAAGGUCAAACAAGCUGUUGCACGACUUCUUCGCCGAGCCAAGAGUGACAAGUCAACAAGUCACAGCACAGUUCAGGAGCGAGAGGAUGCACAGCGCAUCAUUAUAAGAGAUUUACAGAGACGAGUGUAUCCAGAUGAGAUCCAGCUACUUAGUAAUGGCUUACAACUUUCACGCCAGAGUAAACUGUUUCGAUUGGAUGCAUUUCUUGACAAAGAUGGAAUCCUCAAGGUGGGAGGAAGACUGGAAAAUGCAUCUCUCCCUGCCUCUCAGAAACAUCCAAUGAUCAUUCCAAAGGACCACCACAUAACGAGGAUGAUAAUAGCUCAUCAUCAUGAACAGGUUAAACACCAAGGAAGGGGUAUAACCAUCAACGAGAUCAGAUCAAAUGGAUACUGGAUCCCAGGAAUGAACAGAGCUGUUGCAUCUUAUGUGCAUCAGUGUGUCAAAUGCAGGAAACUCAGGGGAUCAGUGGAGGAGCAGCGAAUGGCAGACCUGCCAUCUGAGCGGGUGGAUCCAUCUCCACCUUUCACUUAUUGCGGAAUGGACUGUUUUGGGCCAUUUUUUACAAAGCAAGGGCGUAAGGUGAAUAAACGUUAUGGUCUGCUUUUCACAUGCCUUUGUUGUAGAGCAAUUCACAUUGAAAUGGUGAAUGAUAUGUCAGCAGAUGCCUUCAUUAAUGGCCUCCGAUGUUUUGUUUCCAUAAGAGGAGCAGUACGACAAAUAAGAUGUGACCAAGGAAGCAAUUUUGUUGGAGCUAAGAAUGAAAUCUAUAAUGCGCUGAAACAGAUGGAUGUCAAUCGUCUGAGUGCAUUCUUGGCUGAGAGGCAGUGCGACUUCAUUAUGAAUGCUCCCCAUUCAAGCCAUGUUGGAGGUGUCUGGGAGAGACAGAUCAGAACAGUAAGAAAUGUACUUCGGUCCACUCUUUCACUCUCACCUGGAAGAUUAGAUGAUGCCUGUUUAAGGACAUUGUUUUACGAGGCAAUGUCUAUUGUGAACAGCCGUCCACUCACUGUGGAUAACCUGAAUGAUCCAAAUGGUCCAGAACCGCUGACUCCUAAUCACCUACUCACUAUGAAGCCCACUGGAGCCUUACCACCUCCUGGGACGUUCAUCAGAGAAGACAUGUAUGCUCGUAAGAGAUGGCGUCAUAUCCAGUAUCUAGCAGAGCAAUUCUGGAACCGCUGGAGAAGAGAGUAUCUCUCUAAUAUUGCCACUAGACAACGUUGGCAUAUUCCUAGAAGGAAUCUGAAAGUUGGUGACAUAGUCAUCGAAAGGAUGGAUGAUUUGCCACGGAACGAGUGGAGAUUAGCCAGAGUUGAAGAAACAGUCGCUGAUAAAGAUGGGCUUGUCAGGAAAGUUAAGAUUCGUCUUGGAGACCAGAAAAUGAAAAGGGAGGGUCAAUGUUCUGGCAAGCCAUCUAUUGUUGAACGGCCCAUUCAGAAACUGAUCUUGCUUUUAGAGGCUGUCUAAGACAACGACUAUAUCCUUUAUUGUAUGAAGACUUGUGGACAUUACCUGCAGGCUCAUGCAUGUAUAAUUCUUUGUUUUUGUUAUGUAAAAGGCCUUGUGGUGAGGGUCAUUUGUUUUUAAAAAUCAUUCGUGUUAUGGUUCUCCCUUUUGUUAAAACACUCAUGAUUUGGUGGGAGUGUAAAUGACCUUUAAAUUUGGUAAAUAUUUUUACCUUUGUUUGAUAGGUACUUCGGUUUUAUUUUGAAAUCCAUGCUUUUAUUUUGAAACAGGAAACUGGCGCAAAACCGUUAAAGAGCUUGUUAGUAACGGUUCUUUUAGGAUAUGGUAAAUUGUGUGCCUUAAAGUGGAAAAUAUGUAUGUUUCCUUUGCCAAUUAGUACCUGGCUGACAGUGGCACAAGGUUUGUUAAAGUUUCCUUUAACGGAAUAAGUUAAGUGCAAUCAAAAUGUCGUUUAAUAGUUUAUGUUUUGUUAACCUUGACCUUGACCUUUAUGUGUAGUUGUAAGUUAGUGAGGUGAUAUAAUGAAUUGAGUGAUGUAAAUUUGAUGUAUAUGCUAUAUGUGAGCAGGAGAAAUUUGUUUCUUUUGAUUAUUAAUAUUGCUGGUUUGGUUUUGUUCCUAGCUCUUACGGU